CCCCCUUGUGGGAGCGCGCGCUCGCCUCGAGAUCGCCCGAGAUGCCGGAUCGGCUGACGAGACUCGCAGUUCUCGGUGUAUCGCGAUCGACGGUGGAUCGAUCGCCGAUCCGUGCGAUCCAGAGUUAUCCGAUAGGAUCCAGCAGAGGAACCCAGCGCGGAUGUACGAUAUAAUCGAAGCACAUUAACACAAGUGCCAAUGAUUACUCAGCGAAGAUCACGGAACACCGGAUCGAAAGGUGAUCGAAGGACAUGAUAGGAUACGCAUGCUUGGAAGGCGUAUUUAUCGAUUGAGUCAUCACCGAAUCGGGACGUUGUGCUCUUCCGUUUUGAAAUUUAAUGUGCAUAAUUUGAUGAGAAUAAAUUAUUUUGAAGAUAUAUCAAGAAGACAUUAAGAACAAUAGAGAGUGCCUUAAAUCGGGACCAUCAGAAGAUGUUUGUUAAUUAACGUGGAUCCGUGGUGACGUUUUAAUGGACAAUACUAUCAUCUGGAUCGAUAUCUCAUUGCGAUGAGUUAGCCCUUAACGUGUCAGUCGGUUUAUCGAUCUUAUUUACGUGGCUUGAGCUAAUUUAAAUCGUUAAAUCUUUGUAUCGAUUUCUCAGCAAUCUGAUUUUUAUAUUUAAUAAUAUCCAAGCUGGAUAUUGGAUAUUCAUAUUGAUAUUUCGGUGAUAAUAAUUUAGUUCGAUACUUGACACGAUCGACGUGGACUUUUGGUGACAAGUUGAAGAGCCAUCGAAAAGACUGAUCAUCGGUGAAUACCGGAACAUUAACAAACUUUCGAAACGCUUGAAGGACUUCGAGACAGGAUGCUCUUCAAAGGUAACAGCUCGCGACUGGAACUGCUGAUAGGGAAGAUCCAGGCGCACAAGGAACCGUCACAGGACGAGCAUCAUAAGUCGAAAGAGGCUUUAGGAACCGGAAGUUCCUCGUGGCACAGCGAGGAUGGCGGUCUCAACUCGCGUCGCGGUGAGACACCGUCUUCCUGCGCAACGCCGACGUCAACCAGCUUUCCAUCGGAACCCGAGGUUGACACCGACGUCGGUGUCAAUGCCGAUGGUAACAACCCCGCCGCUCCCUAUCCCUGCCAGUUCUGCGAAAGGACGUUUCCGCGGCUUAGCUAUCUGAAGAAACACGAACAGAGCCACGGGGAUCAGAUGCCGUAUCGAUGCAGUUGGUGCGCUAGAUUGUUCAAGCACAAGCGUAGUCGCGAUCGUCACGUAAAGCUGCACACCGGAGACAGGCGAUAUCGCUGCACGCAUUGUGAGGCUGCCUUCUCCAGGAGCGAUCACCUGAAAAUUCAUAUGAAGACGCACGACACCCAGAAGCCUUACCAAUGCACAGCUUGCUCGAGAGGCUACAACACAGCCGCAGCCCUGACGUCGCACAUGCAAUCGCAUAAAAAGCAUCACCAGUCAUCUUCCCAGUCGGCCGGCGGCAAGCUUCAAGAUGUUGACUACGGCAGACGAAGCGUUUCCUCGCAUAGCACAUCGUCGCCACCGGUGCCGUCGUCGCCGUCGCCGUCCCUGAAUCUCAGUCUGAACUCGAAGAACGUCCUGAAGACGUCGCAGGGUACCGGCAGCGCUUCCACCACGCCCGUCCUCAGCUCACCUCUGAAGCUUACCUGCAUGUACUGCACUCGGGACUCGUUCAACUGCAUGCAGCAACUCCAGAUGCACGUGCACACGAUGCAUCAGGCGAUCCUGAGCGGCGCGGAGGGUCUGGCGCGACCCCCAUCGCCGAGCAGAACGUUGAACGAGCAACAGGCGGCUGUCUGCCCACGCGACAAGCUGCUGGACCGUCAGAACGGCACGAAGGAGUCGCGGCCGGACCGGAAGUACUCCGAGGAUCGAAACGGGAGACCCAGCGAACGGGACCACUACGAGAAUGCGUUCACCUGCAAUCAGUGCACCAUGAAGUUCUCCACGCUAGCCUGCCUGCGCGAUCAUCUGCUCUCGAUACACCGCCUCGACGCUUUCGGCGCGGCGAUGAUGAUGUGCCCGCUGUGCGGCAUUCCGUGCUCCUCGGCGCCCUCCUACGCCGAGCAUUACGUUCUUCAGCACUGCGAGAAUCGCCGACCGGCGCCGACGAUAGAUUACGGGGGGGAGGCGAAGUUGAACGGCGUUUACGACGGCACGGUGAGGGAUUCCAGAGCGCCGCGGAGCAGAGACGCGCCGGAAGCGACCGAUCUCACGAACAAGCAUUCGACCAGGCCGACCGCGGACGUCGCUGGCGGCUACACCGCCAGUACGCUGCUGUGCGGCCAGUGCGGCGCCGCGCUCAAGGACUUCGAGUCCUUCCGCGAACAUCUGGCGCGACAUCUACAGGCCGAUCAUCGCGGACAGGAAGCGCCCAGCAGGCAGCAUCCGUGUCCCAAGUGCGAUGCCUUCUUCCCGGAUCGCGAGGAUAUGUUGGCUCACCUGACCAAGCAUUAUCUAGGCCAGAUUAGCAAAGAGUACACGUGUAACGCGUGCAAGAAGCUGUACCCGCAUCCGGAGCAGCUUCAGAAGCACCUGCUGGACGUGCACGCCCAUCAUCUCUAUCGUUGCGCCCUGUGCCGGGACACUUUCGACUCCAGGGUGGCGAUACAGGUGCACUUUGCGGUGAAGCACAGCCAGGAAUGCCGGGUCUAUCGAUGCAGCGCGUGCACCUUGUCCAACAAUGAAAACUCGCCGCCGGUCUCGAAUCCGGCAUCCGGCGACGGCAGGACCUCCUUCAGAAGCGAAGCCGAGAUGGCAGCCCACGUGCGCAAUGUUCACGCACCUCCUCCCGUCGCUUCUCUAAUGAACAGCAGCCCAGUGGCAGCCACGAGGAGUCCCGCCUCGACGCCUGGCGGCGGCAUCGCGGCGCGCUGCGUCUUCUGCGGCUUCUGCUGCGGCUCGGAGCUCGAGCUGCAGCUUCAUCUAGCGAGCCACUCGACCAAUCUCUACAGGUGUCCUAUCUGCAGAGAAGGCUUCCCGGUAGAGUUCCUGCUGGACCGACACGUCGCUCAGGCUCAUCACGCGGUCCAGGAUCAUCAAGCGCCGUCCAUCAGGAGCAACUCGAGGGAGAACGGCCGUCUUCAUCGACCGAUCAGAAAUCAAGAAGAAACGAAAUCUCUGAAGAGAGGUCGCUCGCCAGCAUCGAGCAACAAUAAUUCCCUGAAUCAGCGCGAUAACAACAACAAGCGUCCAAGCUAUGGCACUUCUGGCCAGCAGUGCGAGCUGUGCGAGCGCGGCGAAUUCGCGAACGAGGCGGAAUUACAGGCGCACAAAAAACUCGCUCAUACGUCCUCCAAGCUGUCCAGCAAGAGUUUAUCCGCUUUGAGUAUGACGUGUGCUUAUUGCGGCGAGGUAUGUCGUUCGCGAAGCGAGCUAGAGUCGCAUACAAGGAUCCAGCACGCAUCUAACGAACCCGGCGGACGUCACAAGUGCAACGUCUGCGACGAGGUGUGCCCAUCCGGCGUGAGCCUGGCCGAGCAUAAGCUUCAGAAGCACUGCAAGAUCCAGCUGAGUGACAUGUGUGUGGUGUGUCGCGGCUCUCUAACCUCGGAGAACCAGUUCUUGGACCACGUGCAGAGACAUAGUCUGGAGAGCGUGGAUCCGCAACAGCGACUGGACAAUUCGCUGCCGCACCUGCCAGCCCCGUGCGUCGUCUGCCGGCAGACGCUGAUCAGCGAUUUGGAGUGUCGUCUGCACGCGCGGCAUCAUCUACGAACGUCUUCGGGAUCACGUAGCGCCGGUUCUAGCCCAACUAGUCCCGGCGGCAAAAGUCAGAGUCAGAGUCAGAGUUGCUGUCUCUGCCUGCGGGACUUCGCAGCGGAAGACUUUGUCAGCUUGCCUCCUAAUCCUGCCAGCACAAGCGGACAGUCGGUCAAAGUGUGCAAAUCCUGCUACGUACGACAUUCUCAAGGUUUGCCUAUCCUGAAUUCGUCGGCUUAUGAGCAACGAGCUAAAUACGAGGCAACCUGGCUGAUGAACAAAGAUGGUCAAUGGGACGCUUCCAAGGACAAGUGGGAGCACGAGAGAGGACUCAAGGUGGACGAUCGAAUCAGGAAUGAAGGAAAUGCAGAGAAGAAACGCUGCGAAGAGUGCGGUGUGAAGUUUGAAGAUCCUGAAGAAGCGGAAAAGCACAGAAUCACUGAACACGAGAAGGCUGGUGGUGGCGGCGGCGGCGGCGGCUCGAAUACCUAUACGUGUAUACAAUGCCAGAUGUCGUUCCCAACUGAAGCUAAGAUUCAACAACAUGUAAGGAAAGAGCAUCUAGAUGCAUCUGGAAAAGCCUCCUUAGAGGCUUUACGGUGUCACUUGUGCUUAUUCGAAGCAGGUAGCCCUAUGCAGCUGCAAAUCCACUUGAUAGAGCACACUUUCGCCGGAUGCGCUGCUCUUAGUUGUUACAUCUGCCAGUCGCUCUUUACCACCCCUGUUGGCCUUCAGAAUCAUAUGCUGCAAGAGCACGGCCUAGGCGCACGACCAUACGAUUGUUCCAAAUGCACGCUCAAGUUCUUCUUCAGGGCAGAACUGGAUCACCACAUGCUAACUUUUCAUCGUCCGGGGGAGGAGGUUCAUUCUUCACUGACCGAAAACACACGUGAAACAAAGAAUCACGAACUCGAAGAGCGCAACUGCGAUGGCGGUGUGAUAGUAAAGGAGGAAGUGAUACAAGGCGGUGAGGAAGAAGAAGAGGAAGUGAAUGUGGAUGAUCAGGUGGGGCAGGAGGAACAAGAGGAAGCUCGACCGGAGGAGCAGAAGCUGAAGACGGAAGUAGAAAACGAAACGGCAUCCGACAAGAUGCAAUCGUGACUUUCUUCCAAGAUCACAUUUUAUUCCAAACUAGAAUUAAUUGAUUAUUAGAAAUUUGUUGGUCAAUUAUUAAGUUUGUUCUUUAAAAAUGACAUUAACUAAUACCAAUAAUUACGAACUUCGCAAAGCGUUGCGCAAUGAUACCCAAAUGGUACAAAAUUCGAAAAGGCAGUUGGAUGAGGUCUAAGGAAUUAAGGUAUCUUUCAGACGACUUUACGAAAUUGACAUCGAUUUUUUAAACAUCGAUUUACGAACAGUGCUGAUGCAGUUCGAUACAGUAUUAAUUAAAAGUAUCAUUGAAAAAGAUUGUCGUUCAUAAAUAUUCCAGAUAGUUAGUUUUUUACAUAUUGAUGAUAAAACUUCUAUAUAAGAUUGCGUCUCUCUCAGACAGAAGAGAAAAAGAAAUAUCGUUAGGAUAUCCUGUGAGAUGUUUUACUUAUCUUCAAGUCAUAUACUUAUGUUUUACUUAUCUUCAAGUUCAAUAUCUUCAAGUUCAAUAUCUUCAAGUUAUUUCACAUUUAGAAAUCGAAUGUUUCUAUUUUCAUGCAACGUAAAUUCAUGUCAUUUUGAGGCAUAUUUUGUAUUAAUUUUUUCGCGCAAAUAUAUUUUUUUCUGAUUAAAAAAUGCAUCCUGAUCGUUUUUCUGGCUUUUUGGACAAUUGACAGCGAAUGCGUCAACGUUCUAUUUGGCUGUUCUAUCGAAGUUUGCCUGACUGAAGUUCAUGAAAAAAAAUUGUUAAUUAUGUUACAUAUGUUAGUAUGUAAAGCUCGAAAAUUUAAAGGUUGAUGCGAAUUGAAUCGUAGAUGCGCAAAGAAAUUUUAUUUGAAACUUGUUUAUGAACGCGGGACGUUUCGAAAUCAUUUUUACUCGUGAUUCUUAGAGAAUCUCUAAAUGAAAAAAUUUCGGGUAUGGUUAAUUAAAUCAGAGAAAUCGAAUAUAGGAAAAAAAUUUGAAGUUAAAUGUAUACUUUAUUUCUAUAAUUAUAUAACAUUCAAACAUUAUUUUCAUAAUGUUAAAUUUUUGUGUUGAUAUAUUUAAUUUUCAAUUCUUUAUUUUUUAUUAGUUUUUAAGUUGCACUCGAUUGAUGAAACACAAUUUCUCAAUGAUUAAUUGCAAUCGAUCUGUUAUAAUUGUUUGCAAGUGGUGAACUCAAUAACGAUCUCUAUCUUUAUCGCAAACUAAAUCUGUAAAUAUUACACACAAAUAACAGGGAAAAAUAUCAUAAAUAUUCUAUCAAUUUAUAUUAAGCACAUAAAUAAUGAAGUUAUUGGUAUUUAAAAGAAGAUGCAAUAACUUGUCCACUAGGUAUAGUGAUAAGAUAGUUCUAUACGAAAUAAAUUAUUGUUUCAAAAUCGUA